AUGGCGAAGCCGAAGCCGAAGAGGCCCGCGCCCCCGCGGCGGGGGGCAGGCGGUCUCUGGCGACCCGUCGCGUUGGGCGGCCUGCCGCUGGCUGCCGCGGCGUACGUGGGCGUCGACUACCUGCGGCAUCUGUCCCCCGUUUGGCACGGGCGGCUGCGGCCGGCGCUCUGGGCAGCGCUGGCGCUCGCCACCGCCGCCCGCGCGCCGUUCUACCGGCGCUGGGACGCCGAGGUCCGCGCCGCCCCGCUGUUCUUCGCUGCCAUAGCGUUCAUGGUCGCGGCGCUACUUUGCGAGGCCAUCUCCGUCCGCUUCGUCAGCACCGUCCUCGGCCUCCAGUGGCACCGAUCUACUGCUCCUCUUCCUGACACUGGCCAGUGGAUACUUCUAGCAUUGAGUGGGAAACUUCCCCAAACAGUGGUUGAUCUACUGAAAGCUCGCAUCAUCACUCUUCAUCAUUACUUGAUGUUGUUUAUCAUGCUGGCGUUUUCGGCAUUGUUUGACCGCAUCAAAGGUCCUGGACUCGGGAUAGGCUCAAGGUAUAUGUUCACUAUGGCAGUUGGACAUUUGCUCCGGACCAUAACAUUUCUUGCUACGAUUCUUCCAUCUGCUCGACCUUGGUGUGCCGAAGCUCGAUAUCAAAUACCUGACCAUCCACAUCCUUGGGCACAGAAAUAUUAUGCUCCUUAUGCUUCGGAUCCAAACAUGAUCUGGAGGGUCAUGAAAGAGGAUACCCCAUACGCUACUCUUCAAGAUUACCCUGAUGAGUAUAAACCUGACUGGGGAUUGAUGAGUUUCUUAGUAGACAUUUUGAGGCCAAGCACUGGAGAGGGGCCCUCAUGGUAUCAUUUGCUGAGGAAAUCAAGUGGUAGUUGUAAUGAUCUUAUCUAUAGUGGACAUAUGUUUGUUGCUGUCCUAACUGCUAUGGCAUGGGCGGAAGCAUAUGGGGGAUGGAGCUCUGUUCUGAUAUGGUUCCUCGUCAUCCACAGCGCUCAGAGGGAGGAUGACUGGGUCCCUCUGGUCUGCAAUGGAAACCAAUCGAUCCAAUCCAGAAGGCUUUCCAAGCUUGAUGAGGUGCAGAAGAGACUAUUCCGCGCUGCAAAGGAUUCUGACGUCUUUGAAAUAAGGAACCUGCUAAAUGAAGUUGAGCUGGCUGGUCAAGAAAAGAAGGGCUUUUCACAGCGCGUUCUCUUCUCCUUUGCUGCAGCUCUAAUUGUUUUGACCGUCUUGUUUGUUCUCCUGGCAUUCACGCUAACCAAUGACGGAUGA